GGUAGCUGCUCCCGCGCGGGGGACGAAAAAGGAUGCUCGAGUGACUGGCUGCCCGGUGUCCCGGCAGGCGUGCUGGAUUGACCGCGCUUGGCAGGAGGGAAGAACAGCCUCGGAGAGCGGCGGCGGCGGCGGCGACAUGGGGGCCUCGCCAAGGGCUUGGUGCUGGCGGCGGCAGCGACUUCAGGGCUCGCCCCAGGCCACGGCGACUCGCUUCUGGAACUUGUGCUGGCUGAUGCUGGGCGCCUGGCGGGGGCUGCUCGCCUCCGCCUGCCCCACCUCGUGCACGUGCAGUCCCGAGCGGAUCUGGUGCGGCGACGCCACGGCGAACCUCUCGUUUUUCCCCAUGCUCGGCAAGCGGAGCGAGCAGGAGAAAGUCACCGACAUUUAUAUUGGAAACCAGCGGGAUUUAGCAAGCAUAAAUGAGAAGGAUGUUGGACUGUACAUUGGAUUAAGAAAUUUAACUGUGGUGGACUCAGGCUUGAAGUUUGUCUCACGCCAAGCUUUCCUGAAAAAUAUUAACCUGCAGUACAUUAACUUCUCCAGAAAUAAGCUUUCAAGUUUGUCCAGAAAGACUUUCCGCCAUCUGAAUUUGACAGAUCUGAUUUUAGAAGGCAACCCAUUCAAGUGUUCCUGUGAUAUUAUGUGGAUCAAAGUAUUCCAAGAGACCAAGUUUCCAAAAGCAGAAACUCAGGAUUUUUACUGUAUAAAUGACUACAACCAGAGGAUAUCUAUGAUGGAGAAGCCAGUCCCAAACUGUGGCCUGCCUUCAGUCAAGCUGAACACACAAAAUCUCACUGUCGUUGAAGGAAAAAGUAUCAUUUUAUACUGUGAAGCUACAGGAAGUCCAUCACCAACUAUAGCUUGGGUUUUCAAUAAUAUUGUUUCAAAACAUGAGAGUGAUACAAAUAAGAACCCAGCUUCUCUUACUAUAAAGAAUGUCUCAUCAAGUGACAGUGGUGUACAGAUUUACUGUAUAGCAGAAAACAGUGUGGGUGAAGACCAAGCUUCUGUUGACCUCACCGUGUUCUUUGCGCCAAAUAUCACAUUUCUUGAAAUACCAUAUUCAGACCAUCACUGGUGCAUUCCAUUCAGUGUGAGGGGAAAUCCACAACCUGUCUUGACAUGGCUGCAUGAUGGGGUUAAACUGAAUGAAUCAGAUUACAUCUGGACCAAAAUACAUGUUACCAAUCGGACAGAAUAUCAUGGCUGUCUUCAGUUGGACAAUCCUACUCAUGUCAACAAUGGCAACUAUACCUUGGUGGCACAGAAUCAAUAUGGAAAAGAUGAAGCCAACAUCUCUGCUUAUUUUAUGGAAGAUCCUGGAGGUAGUAGUCCGUUCUAUGAUCAUCCCGGUUAUAUUGAAGAUUAUGGAACACCAACAAAUGAUUUUGAAGAUACUACAAAUAAUAGUAACACAGUUACUUCUACGAAUGUGUCAAACAAAGACAAUGAAGAUAGCAUCACUGUGUAUGUUGUAGUGGGGAUAGCUGCAUUGGUGUGCACUGGCUUAGUUAUUAUGCUCAUUAUUCUCAAGUUUGGAAGACAUUCUAAGUUUGGAAUGAAAGGCCCUUCUUCAGUUAUCAGCAAUGACGACGAUUCAGCAAGUCCUCUUCAUCACAUCUCUAAUGGAAGUAACACACCAUCGUCUUCUGAAGGUGGCCCAGAUGCAGUAAUAAUUGGAAUGACAAAGAUUCCUGUAAUUGAAAAUCCUCAAUAUUUUGGAAUUACGAAUAGUCAGCUCAAGCCUGAUACGUUUGUCCAGCAUAUCAAGCGCCACAAUAUCGUUCUCAAAAGGGAGCUGGGAGAAGGAGCCUUUGGCAAAGUCUUCUUGGCUGAAUGUUAUAACCUAUGUCCUGAGCAGGACAAGAUCUUAGUUGCUGUGAAGACUCUAAAGGAUGCUAGUGAUAAUGCCCGCAAAGACUUCCAUCGAGAAGCAGAACUACUGACUAAUUUACAGCAUGAACACAUUGUGAAGUUUUAUGGAGUAUGUGUGGAAGGGGAUCCUCUCAUCAUGGUUUUUGAAUACAUGAAACAUGGAGAUCUCAACAAAUUCCUUAGGGCGCAUGGACCUGAUGCAGUUCUGAUGGCUGAAGGGAGUCGUUUAGCUGAACUAACCCAGUCCCAGAUGCUGCAUAUUGCCCAGCAGAUUGCCGCUGGCAUGGUUUACUUGGCAUCACAACACUUUGUGCAUCGUGACCUUGCCACUCGGAACUGCCUGGUUGGGGAAAACCUGCUGGUGAAGAUUGGAGAUUUUGGGAUGUCAAGAGAUGUAUAUAGCACAGAUUACUACAGGGUUGGUGGGCAUACCAUGUUACCUAUUCGUUGGAUGCCACCUGAAAGUAUCAUGUAUAGAAAAUUCACCACAGAAAGUGAUGUCUGGAGCCUUGGCGUUGUUCUCUGGGAAAUAUUUACCUAUGGCAAACAGCCAUGGUAUCAGCUCUCAAACAAUGAGGUAAUUGAGUGUAUUACACAGGGCCGUGUCCUACAGCGACCUCGUACCUGCCCAAAGGAAGUAUAUGAUCUGAUGCUUGGGUGCUGGCAGCGGGAGCCUCAUAUGAGACUCAAUAUCAAAGAAAUCCACUCCCUCCUUCAGAACUUGGCCAAGGCCUCUCCAGUCUACCUGGAUAUUCUAGGGUAGAAACUCCUAGCACUUCCUUGUAUGAAGUGUGUGAAUGAAUGUCUCUGUUGCAACUAAACUCCAUUAUAAUGUGUUAUUAACUCUGGCAGUAUUAAAUACAAAGAUACGGAGAAGCUUUCAAAGGGCAAGCUGCGUGCAUCUCUUUCUCUGUAAACACAGUAUUGACGUUGUGACUUUACUGACAUGUAUCUCUUCUCUAUUCUAUUUUCCCUCAAUUUCUAUUCAACCAGGCUUCUGCAUUAUUAUAACUCUGCAUAGACAAAGGCCUUAACAACCUGAUCUGUUUUAUCAGCAGAUACUCAGUUCUGCCCAUCACAGCUUACAAUGCCUUGUUGUAUUUCUGCCUUUGAUCUGGAUAAAAAAGGGAAAAAAAGACUCAAACUUUGUGACUUCUGCUAUAUGGAUAUCUGGAACAGCUAUGGAAUCAUCUCUACUUUAUUUGCUUUGGCAUCUGUGUGGAAAAUGGAAGACUGGCAUUCUCUAUGGGAAUAAUUAUUUUAUUUCUAGUUGAGGUCAAGCUAAAGGAAAAAUCAAUUACAUAAUCCUCUUUUUUGAAAAAUGAUCAGAUCAGAUGGCAUCCAAUGUAACAUUUUAAAGAAUAAUCUAAUUAUUUGAUGAAAGAGAAGGAACCCGGUGCUUUCCCUGGGAAGGCAUACAGGGGAGUAAAGGCAUUGCUACCGUGCAAACUUUUUUUAUAUUGAAAGGGGCUUCUGUGUCAAUUGAACUGAAAAGGUCUUGCUCACAUUUCCCAGAAUUGCAUAACCUUAUGCACAACUAGGAUUUCCCAACCUCGCUUUGCCAUAGUUCCUCCUGAUACCACUACUUCAAGAAUUCCCUAGUUAGUUAUUGAUAAUGCAGGUACGUGGUUGGGUAUAGUAAAGU